GAGCUGUUCUGCAGGUGUGAGUUGUGGAUCUUGCUUUGAUGGAGGUGGAGGAUUGUCUAUAUAGUUUAGCUUUUUAUGUAUUUCCACCUUUGUUGUUUUCCAUCAAUAAUAGGUCCUUCUCUCAGCUUCUGUUUUUGAUUCCAAAUAGAAACACUUGGGUCUUGGAUUCCUGAUAGUGAUUGAGAUGCCUCUCAUGUCCUCCUCUGGACUUUGGCCUAUGAUUUCAGUCGGAGACCAAGAGGCAAGUUGGACCUAUGGGGCGAAGCAGAGCUUCAAAAGCAGAGGUUGGACUGAUAGACCGUUGUAUCUUGACCAGUGUCAUGCACCCAGGUUUUCACGUUGAUAUUCGGAGAUUUUGGAACUCUUGAAGACUUUGACGCAAGUCAUUUUGAUCAAAAACAUGUAGAGGAACCUUUCUGCGACUAACAUGGUAGCCCACCAGUACGAGCUAGUCUAUGACGAAGAAUCUGCUUUGACUGACCAUCAGACUACAGUGCUGCGCACAAAUUAUCAGAGUCGAUGCACGCCGUUUGCGUGCUGCUUCACAGCAAGUUGGGCCAUUCUUCUCGGAUGUUGUUGCGUUUAUUACUACUACUUCCUCUUUCUUCCUCCCGUGGCCUGUGAAUGUUCCGAUUCUGACGGGGUGGCCAGCGCGGGACUUGUCAAACUGACCAAUCUCAUUGAGCAGUGUGGAUAUACAGCUCCCUACUGCUUCUCGGGCCUUGAUGUGGAGAAUGACAUUGAGAAGACUAUUUUUCCAUUCACUAAUGCGGAUGGAAAGGAGUACAGAUGUUUUGUGCACACGAUUGCCUUUCCAUCAGAGUCAUGCUACGAGGUGCAUUGCGAGGAACGUGAGAAGCUAGUUGCACUGGACACCUUCUAUCGCAACGCCAACGGUUGGCUAAACUUGGUUGCUCACGAUGGCUCAAUAGAGGGAGAGGAAGCCCAUGUGAAGAAUGUACUAUAUGGUCAAGUAGGUGAUGCAAGAGACUUUUGUGUGGACAGAGAGAAAGUCCAAGCUUGGCAAGUGUUGAGCCAGCUCAAGCCCAACCCCUCUAGCUUUGGUACAGCUGCCACAGCUGGUUUUGGCUCUUUCUCGUAGGUUGAGGAUGCUUUAGCAUAGCAUUUAUGCUCUUCAUUAUGUGUCACGCUGUCACCCAGUUAGCAUGCAAAGGACAUGCAACUACUAAGCCCCUCAGAGGUCGAGCGAAA